GUGGAGAAAUAGAGGGAGAGAGAGUCGUGCAGGGGACUGCGGCAAUUACCUUCCGACAGCGCGAAUCGUGGGGCUUGAUCCUCCGAGGCUCUUCAUCCUUUGCUUCCUACAGAGUCCAGGCCUUGCCUGUCCCGUCCAUUCCUGGCCUGACCUCACCUGGCCUCGCCUCCCCUGUGCCUUCCUUCGCAAGCCAACUUGUGUUUCUUCCCUGUUCCUUCGAUUUCACUCUGCUCGUGGACCAGGCCGUCGAGCGAUUGCAUAUCAUCUCUCUGAAUGCCUCACUCGACGCUACCUCUUCCCAUUUAAAACGUCGCCUGCAAGCUCCCAGCAGCGACGGCUACACACAGCAUCUGUACAUACAUUGACAAAUUUUUCGGCCAUCUUUUAGUAUAGCUCAGAAAUUCAUCUUCUUAAUUGAAGUGGAGAAUCGGUUGAACACGAUCGAGGUGAAGAAGGAAGGCUUCGAUUUUAAGCACGGGCUGCUCUCAAGAGCUAGUGUGAUAUCGUUGAAAAUUAAUUUUUCGAGGAUAGGAUUUUCAGGUUCAUAGUUUGUAGAUCUCUUCGAGGCUGUGAUGCUAGAUUGCCCAGGGGGAAUUAGAUUUUGUGGGUAUUAAAGGGAGCGAGGAUUGCGGCUUACAUUUCCAGGAUUUCUCUGAGGCCCAUUGGAGAGGCUCUUCUCAGAACGAGCCGAGCUGUUUCAAAGCCAGGAUUCAAUUCACAGGGCACGGGCAGGAUGUCGGAUUCUGCAGUGCAAGUCUCUAAUGGUGCUGGGAAGGGGUUCUUCCGAACCUUCAAGGAGUCAUUCUUGUGGAAUUCCAAUACCGCUGCCGUCUCGAGAGUCUCGGACAGGUCCGAGGAGCAGCAGGGCACAAAGGCGAGCCAGAUUCAGCAGGUCACAGUGGGCCGUGCGGAUGCUUUCAAUGCAUCGGAGUCGAGGGACGACGAGGAAGAGUUAGAGAACGGCCAUUCUGCGUCGACGAAAGACGGAAGCCUGGGGAAGAGCAAGAUCAAGAGCAAGUUAUUCAAGAAGAAGGAGAUUGUCAGUUCGUCGACGUCAGUUCCCCGGGUGGAGGUUUGCACGGGGAAAAAAUGCAAGUCCAAAGGUUCGGAGCAACUGCUCGCAUCCUUCGAGUCAUCGGCCGACGGCCGCGUCGAGAUCGCGUACACGACGUGCAUGAAAAUGUGCAAGAAGGGAAUGAACGUGAGGGUCACGAAAGAUGGCACGACGUUCGAUAUGCACAACGAGGUGGGUCCACAGGAUUGCGAGCAAGUGCUGUGCAAACAUUUCGAGUGGUGAGUCCGACGAUGCAGAAAUUUGGAUCGAAAUGAAAUCGGGAAUCAUCUUUCUCCCCACCGAGCCAGCCAUAGUUCAGAGCCUUUGAGACCUUGGGCAAUGAUAUGCUCGUGAGCAUUGGUGAUGUUCGGGAGGGCGAGCCACCAUCUGCAGAAGCUGGAGCCGGCAUCGCCUGUCACUUCGUGAGCCAGAGUAUUAACGCGUGAAUCAUCGGAGAAGUUCCUUUCAUUCACGCCACGUUUCGAGACGAUCAACGCGGAGGCGUGAUCUAAGUACCUGCUGCAUUCAUCGAGGAUUCCACCUCACCGCCUCUUCAUCGAGAUCGAAGCUGAUUGAAAAAUCGCUCUAUAUAUAUUUUUUCUCUAGGUUCAGAAUUAUCACUUCACUUGGAGCAGGAGUAGUUUUAAAUGGAAAAAAACUCAUCAUAGGUUCAUCAUCCUUCACUCUGCUUACGCGGAGCUGUAUCUUAUUCAAUGUCAGGAUCGUGUUCAUAAUUCCAUGCUGGAGGUGUACCAUAUCACAUGUUCGAGGUUUUCCGUAGUCCUGUGUACAUGAAUGUCGAUCAAAAUUCAGCCAAUUCUUGCAAUGACCGACGAGAUAAUUAUAGCUAAAACACCAUUCAGAGGAUCUAGAAGUGAAGAAUGAAUUACACAAAUAGAGAGAACCGAGUUUGAAGGAUAGGUAGGCAUGGC